AUGAGCACUUCGCGACGCCCGGGACCGUUAGGCGAGCAGGCGGCCAGCGCACUGGAGGCCAACUUGACGAACCUCGAGGGUCGACUUGAUGCACUGCUAGCCGCGUUCGAAUCGGCUCAAGAGCCCAACGAGGACGGCACUGUGGCACCACCGCCCGGUCAAGAUGCGAAGAAGCCGGACGACACGGUCCUCGCCAAAACCCCCAACUACGGAACCCAGAGCUCCGAGUCCAAGUCUCCCGAAGCGGCGAAGAAAGCCUAG